AUGCUUUCUGGGGUGAAAAUCAUUCCCCGUGACCAGUUACAAGAUGAGGAGAGAAAUAAAUCAGAUAGUAGGAGGAAAGAGGAUGAGAGCCCUAGGAAUAGCUCUUCCGAUGAGGAAGAGAUUGGUAAAAUAAAAGGCUCUAGAAAGAAGAAGUGGUAUUCAUCCGAUGAAGAUUCUUCAUUUUCUACAAGUGAAAGUGAGCGGGAGGAUAAGAAAAGGAGAAGGAAAGGAAAGAACAAAAAGGACAAGAGCUCUAGGAAUAUGAAUAUCUUUUCUGAUGAGGAUGAGCUGGAUGAGAUAAAAAAGGGCUCUAGAAAGAAGAAGCGGUACUCAUCUGAUGAGAAUUCUUCAUUUUAUACAAGCGAAAGUGAAAGUGACCGGGAUGAUAAGAAAAGAAGAAGGAAAGGAAAGAAGAAAAAGGGGAGGAGUAGAGAGAACAAGAUCAAAGGAGAAGCUACCGACGUUGCAGGCAAUUCUACAAGUAAGAAGGAUAUUGCUAGAAAAGAAAUGGGGUUGGAUUGGAUGCUUAGGUCUGAAAGUAAGAGGCCUGCAGUUUCAGAAACAAAUGAGAUGUUACCGGAGGAAGCUCCAGUUGAGGAGUCAAAGAAGGCAAAUCCUAGGGAAUUGAAUCCUUAUCUUAAGGAUGAUGGAAGUGGUUACCCAGAAGAAAGUGAUGGAGUUAAUGUUGCUGCUAGCAAACUUCUAUCAUCUUCUCUUGUUGGGGAUGGAGGAGCAAGUUGGAGACUUAAAGCAUUAAAGCGUGCACAAGAGCAAGCAGCUCGAGAAGGACGAAGCUUUCAAGAGGUUGUGGGAGAAAGGUGGGGUUCCCUUGGUGAGUUGACUGCAUCUGUUGCAUCAGAAGCAGCUGCGCCAGCCCGGGCUCAUUUACGUGCUAUUAAAAGUAGACAAAGAAGGGUAGCUGAAGAAAAUUCACCAGAUUCUCAAAAGCAUAUCCAAAGAGAUUCUAAAAGGGAUCGGCACCAUGAAAUGAAAGCACCUAAAGUGCAAGAUUCAUUAUCUUGGAGAAAGCGCAAAAGCCAGUUUGUGGUAGCUGAGGGAGCUGAGAUCGUUGCAGCUGCAGCAUCUAGCUUAAAUAAAUUUGCUAAUGACGGUAGCUUUAUGCGGGAAUUAGUCAGUAAGGUGAGCGAUACCUCAGAUGUAAGCACACCCAAUGAAGGAAAUGGAAAUGCAGUAGCAGUACAGAAUAAGAUGAGUGCAAACCAGUUGGCAGCCAAGGCUAUGCAACUUCGUUUGAAAGGAAAGAAUGACGAAGCUGACAAACUAAUGGAAGAAGCGAAGGUUUUGAACUCAAAGAAGGAAAAUGAAGAUCAUGCAGUUAGAUCAAGAGCUGAGGGAAGUUCUAGAAGGUAUGCUAUGCAGAGGAUAUCUUCUGAACAGAAGAAAGGCGAGGAUGAUGCCGAUAUGAAUCUUGCUCGCAAUAUAAUGCAGAACAAACAGUUUAAGGUUCACACUCAAGCAGAUGAUGAAUAUGAUUUUGAAGAUGGUCCAAGCAGAAAGAGUAGAAAGAAGCAAGGAGGCGAAGACCCCAAGAAUAUCCAAAAUAAGAUGAAUGCAAAUCGAUUCUUGACCCAGAAAGAACGAUGCCUCUUUUGUCUAGAGAAUCCGAAACGGCCUAUGCAUCUUGUUGUGUCCAUUGCAAAUUUCACAUAUCUUAUGUUGCCACAGUUGCAGCCAUUGGUGCAUGGUCAUUGUUGUAUUCUACCCAUUCACCAUGAAUCAGCUACAAGAACUGUGGAUGAUGAUGUGUGGGUAGAAAUCCGAAACUUCAAGAAAUGCCUUAUUAUGAUGUUUGCAAAGCAAGAUAAGGAAGUAGUGUUUCUUGAAACUGUGAUGGGAUUGGCACAGCAACGGCGCCAUUGUAUGAUUGAGUGCAUUCCUUUACCCAAAGAUAUUGCUAAAGACGCUCCUUUAUACUUUAAGAAGGCAAUUGAUGAAGCAGAAGAUGAGUGGAGCCAGCAUAAUGCUAAAAAACUCAUUGAUACCAGUCAAAAGGGUCUGCGAAACUCAAUCCCCAAGGAUUUCCCAUAUUUUCAUGUUGAAUUUGGCUUAAACAAGGGAUUUGUUCAUGUCAUUGACGACGAAAAGGACUUCAAAAGUAACCUCGGAUUGAAUGUUCUCAGGGGCAUGCUGCAUUUACCUGAGGAAGAUAUGUACAGACGACAAAGGUAUGCAGCAUUGGACGUACAGAAGCAAGCAGUGGCAAACUUUUCCAAAGAGUGGAAAGAGUUUGACUGGACAACGGAACUUCAUUGA